AUGGGGAACUUUUCUCUAAUAUAUCUACAAUACAACAACACGCCAAUAAACUGUUCAGUCUAUUCCCUCACAAAUGGCACUAUAAGACUACUAGACCACUACAAUCAAACAUGGAACAAUGAUCUGCAUUUGCACGAGUAUUUGCCUGCGUAUUAUAUCACCAACUGCUCGAUUCCGCAGCUAAUUGAUCUUGUCGAAAUGGAAAAGUACGAUAACGAGAGCAGCCUACCGACAACGACAACAACAACAACAACAACAACAACAAAUAAUGGAGCACUGUCUCAUGUCGUAAGUAAUAACGAAAACAACCCAUAUAACCAAAAGGAUAAUGGUGACACAUUUAUUGCAUUGCUAUUCACGUUAUGUGGCUCAUGUGUCUCUUGCUGGAUGUUAUCAUUAUUACUAUACCUAACUCCAAAACAUAAACGCAAACCAUGGCUCACUCAGAUCACAACGAUAUACUAUGCAAUUGUAACUAGUGUAUUGUUGAAUAGGCUCACAAAAGCAGCAGAGCAGGAAUACUACAAUGAUAUUUUGGACAUCAUUAAACUACACCAUUAUCUAUAUAAUACAAACCUAUAUCGAGUGCUAAUGGUGCUUACCCAAGUCUUUACCAUGUGCUCCUGGUUCCAAAUCAUACAGAAAAUUACUAGACUGAAGUACAGGUAUACUUCAGCUGUGAUUAGUUUUAUCUUUAUGGGUUUCUAUAUCGCCGUGUUUACUUAUUACCAAGUGAGCUAUAACACGCAAGAGUUUAUCCAUAACCAAAUUAACCGCAAUCAAACUCAUUAUAACUGGUCUAUAGUUAGGGCAUUGGGAAGAUUACUCAUUAUUACGUGGUUUGGACUUAACCUUUUGCAUUACACCGUCUUGGUUAAGAAUCCAUCCAAGAUUUGCUAUAAUCGUAAAUUAUUCCCCUUGGCCUUUUUCAUUUGGUUCUUGAUUGUUUUGGACAUUGUAGUGACCAUACUACAUAUCACGUUAUUUAGGCAUAGCUGGCUAGUGCGAACGUGGCUCAUUCUUAUACCUUAUUUGUUGGAAAUAACACUUUUGACAGUUGUUUGGGAAUGGGUGUUUAACAUCUGGAUAUUGGAAAAGAGAUUUGAAUUGAUGAAUGUGUUGGGGAGAAGAAUCAGCUACGAAGACGUGGUGGAUUUCAAACGAGGUGAAGAUGAUGAAGAUGAGGAAAAUAAUGACAAUAAUAUAAGUGGAAAUAAUAAUGGAAAUAGCAACAAUAACAAAGAGUCAAAGAAGAGGCGGCGAGUAAAUAAAAUCAAUCCAAUGAAGUUGAUUGGUAAGAUACGCAACAGAAAUGCAUUGAAUGUUGAAGAAAAUUAUGAGGAGAGCUUGAAAGAAAUGCCGCUGUCUGAGCAAACCAAUUCAAGAACAAUUACGGCAACUGAAGAGGAGGCAGAAGAAGAAGAAGAAGGUGGAGGCGGUGGAGGAGGUUCAGGAGGAAGCAUAGGAGAAAACGUCACUCCAAUUAUCAGUCCUAUGGAAAAUGCAGUAAUUGUUCCUGGUAAUGCUUCAAGUGGUGCUUCGAAUAGUAAUGUAAAUGCUAAUCGUACGGUUAUUGUACACCAUCCUGUUAAUUACGUUGAUGAUCGUGUGAGCGAGACUCAAGGCGAGAUUGGCAAUCACAGUAUUACUACUGAGACCCGCGGAAACGACACUACAAAUCAAACAAAUGGCAUUAUUAAUGACACAUAUAAUGACGAAAGAGAGGUGAGGGAGGAAGGAGAAGAAGAAGAAGAGGAAGAAGAAGAAGGAGAGUUUGAUGAUGAGUAUGUUGACAACUACUGGAUUCGAGAAGACGACGGGGAUAGCACUUUUUAA